AUGGUAAAGGUGACGGAGGUGAACUGGAACAAAGUGUUUUCGAAUGAAUUUAUUAUUAGCGUGUCUGUCAUUGGAGGGAUAGGCGUCGGCAUUUUUCUGGCGAUUUUCAUAUUCCAAUGUUAUCACAGAAACUGUUUCCAGAAGAUCAGAGAGAUAUUCAUCCACGGAGACUACUCAUCGGAGAAGAUUAGGGUGUUGUCGUAUAAUCUGUGUUUGAGAGCACCACUUAUAACUAAUAACGGAGACGAUUUUAAAGCCACAAGACUCGAACUUUUCAUUAAAAACGUGAUCGAUAAUUACGACAUCAUUCUACUCCAAGACGUUAUUGGCGCUUAUAAUGCAAGAAGAACACAUUUGAUAGAAUGCUCUGCUGAGGUCGGGCUGUGUUAUUCACACGUCAGCCUCACACCUAUUUUGCCGUGCUUUUUGUGUGAUGGAGGACUUAUGAUCUUAUCACGAAUGCCACUUCUUAAUAGAGAUCAAUACGUCUUUAAGAAAUCAGUGUUUCCCGAUUCACUCUUUUCAAGAGGAAUUUUGUACGCAAAGGUCCACCCAAACAACACCACAACAAUCCAUUUAUUUAACACCCAUUUGCAACCAAUUUCUAAAGACGAAAAAGCAAAAGAAGUCCGACGACAUCAACUUGAUGAAGUUGUGAAAUUCAUUCAAAAGAAGACGGCCAAAGACAAUUUCCCAAUAUUGGUGUGUGGCGAUUUCAGCGUGAAUGCACUGGAGAGUACUCCUGGUGUUGUGGAGAAUGUGAUUGUGCAAAGCAGUGAAGCAAGUGAUGAUGAAAAAGAAACGCUGGGGAAAGACAUCAUCAAAUACGUGGAAGAACAAACAGACGAAUAUAUUCAAGUGAUCAAUUCGUUGUCACUUAUUGGCACUGUUAAAGAUGUAAUGUACUCUGGUUUACAAAGACAUCCAGUUACACUCGGGGAUACUUACUUUGAAGGAAAUACAGAAAUGCCACUCGAGACAGUGUUGACUAAACCAGAUGACCAAUAUAGUAAGAGGUGCCAAGACUUCAUAUUUACUAUAACUCGGUCAAAGGAAUUGGAAAUUGUCGAACCGUAUGUCCAUACGUACGACGUCGCUGAUGAGGAAAUCCAGUUUCUUUCGUCACACUACGCUCUCAGUUGUUCUGUAAAAUGUUGA